AUGGCUCAAGACAUUCCAAUCACGGAUGCACGUCUACAAGAGAUCCAACGGGAGACAGCAAAGGAUGAGACUCUGAAGGUACUACAGGAUGUGAUCCUACAUGGCUGGCCGGAAAAAUACUCUAUGACUGCUAGGGAGGUCAGACCCUACUACCACGUACGAGAUGAACUCGUAGUGCAGGCUGGAGUUGUAUUUCGAGGCGAACGCGUAGUGAUACCAAGGUCACUGCAUUCCGACAUAACCUCAAGAAUUCACUCGUCUCACGUCGGCAUCGAAGGGUGUCUCCGAAGGGCCCGUGAAACUGUAUAUUGGCCCAACAUGAAUGCUGAGAUUCGCGAGUACAUCAGUCGGUGUGAGAGCUGUCGGACCUACGAAAACAAUCAGCAGAAGGAAACUCUCAUUUCCCAUGACAUACCGAACCAACCGUGGUCAAAGGUCGGGUGUGAUUUGUUCGCAUUACAUGAGAAAAACUACCUCAUAACCGUGGACUAUUUCUCAAACUUCUGGGAAGUUGACUAUCUCCCAGAUACGAAGUCGUCGACGGUGAUAAGAAAGUUGCGUGCUCAGUUUGCACGGCACGGUGUACCGAACACGGUAAUCAGCGACAACGGCCCACAAUUCAGUGCGGAGGAAUUUCGCAGAUUCGCGAGAGAAUGGGGAUUUGAUCAUGUGACAUCAUCUCCAGGCUACCCGCAAAGCAAUGGGAAGGCGGAACAGGCUGUGAAGACAGCCAAACGACUUAUGCACCUAGCCAAAGUUUCAAAAACUGAUCCUUACUUGGCGCUUCUAGACUUCCGCAAUACCCCGUCGCAGUCUAUGGACAGCAGUCCAGCUCAACGGUUAAUGAACCGUCGCACUCAAACGCUACUGCCAAUGAAGGCAACUCUACUAAAACCACAGAUUCCGAAAUCUGUGUCUCGUCAACUAUAG